GAUAAUUCACGUGAGCUUUGGAGGGAAUUUUUAAUCAUUUGCGAUUGCUAUCGAGCGCGCUAAAACGUACAUCAAAAGAUCAGGGGGAACCGUUAAAGAUGUCCACCAGCCAUGUCGUGUCUUCUCCAAAAAUGGUAGAUUCAACCAAAGGACAGAUUCAACUCAUAUUUGGUCCAAUGUUCUCAGGAAAAACGACAGAGCUGAUGAGAAGAAUGAAGCGGUAUCAAAUUGCAAACUACAAAUGUCUUGUUAUCAAAUACUCGAAGGAUGACAGAUACGACAAGGAGGGCAUUUCUACUCACGACAGGCAAACUCUACCAGCAAUCCCAGCAGAUGUUCUAGAUGAAGUGAAAGCUGAGGCAGAAAACUUUGAAGUCAUUGGUAUUGAUGAGGGCCAGUUUUUUAAGGAUGUGGUGGAAUUCUGUGAUGAAAUGGCAGAACGAGGUAAAACUGUCAUUGUUGCAGCAUUGGAUGGAACAUUUCAGAAGAAGGGAUUUGGAAAUAUUUUGAACCUGGUACCUCUGGCUGAGAGUGUGAUUAAACUAACGGCAGUGUGUAUGAGGUGUAACAAUGAGGGGUCGUUCACCAAGCGGAGAGGAACAGAAACAGCACAUAAAAAUUUACAGGUAGAGGUUAUUGGUGGAACUGAGAUGUACCUGGCCGUUUGUCGAACCUGCUUCCUCUCCCCAGUCAAAUCAUCGCCGAAGAAGCACAAUAGGACCCCCAUCCUUCUACCUGGCAAGGAGGAAAAAAUGAUUGCCAACAGGAAACUCUUCAACUCUCCCGUUAAAAACAAGUGUUGAAAUUGGUAGACAUUUAUUGUGAGCAACAUUUUGUAAUGUAAUUCAUCAUCAUGUGAGAAAUCCACUAAGUAUUUAGAUGUGAAAUGUGCCUUAGUAUGCUAUCUGAAGCUGGCCAUUAAUGUGAUAAAUUCAUUGUUAAAUUAUUCAACAGAUGUUCAAGGAAAUUCAUCAUUUUAUAAAUAUAUUAUUGAUUUUGUGUGUUUGCUUUUAAUGUCUCAUAAACUGUAACAGUUGCUUGUCACACAUGUCUGUAUUUGUAUUUGAUAAAUUUUAAUCUGCCUUUGAAUAAUUUCACAUUUACAAUGAAUAAUUUGAUUUUGAGCAUAUUUAUAUCAGUGGUGUACAAUGGGAUUAGGCACAAGUUUUGUUUUCUCCUUGUAAAUACUGUGUGAACAAAUGAAUUAUUUUAGUAAGAAGUUGAAGUAUGGAUUGUAUUUUUAAUAUGUAUUUAAUCAUUAUUCAUCAUAUAUAAGCGUCGUGUUGAUAAGUGUGUUGUAUUUUGUUUCAGGUAUUAAUGAUCUCUCAUCUCAUUCAGAGAUGUUUACCAGCAAUAUAUAUAUUGUCGCAUACUCAAGUGAUGUCAAAUAUUUUAAUAAGCAUUUAAUAUAAAUUAUGAAAGAGCCAA